CUGUAUAUAUAUAUAUAUAUAUAUAAGGGUAUAGCGCGUUUGUCUAAUCUAGGAGAAAGUCAAAAAAUGAACGAAGCUAUGCUGCUCGAUACGAGCAUUUCUUGUUAUACAAUGUGAAUCCCCCAAAGCAGACGUGACGACGCGUGGAGAAAAUUAAAAAAAUAAGUAGACAGUAGUAUGACGUCGAUGAAAAUUGAAAGAGGAGACUAAAGGACACGUGUUCUUUAGCCAUUGAAUUGUCAGUGAUGGGCUAAUCUACCAAUUCUAACUAACCAGAUAAACGUCUCAGUAUUUAACCGAUAAUUCUGCUUCUGUAUCAAGUAGUUUGUAACUUGGCUUCCUGAAGGUGAUUUCUACACUCAGUGUUAUAAUUAUCAAUAAAUAAAUAAUACACCAUGGCUAAAGACAAAAGUCUGCUCGAAGAUGUCAGCAAGUAUUUUACAGAGGAAACACUUCAAAAUAUCGUAGGCACUUUGAGUAACGAAGAUGUUAAGAACGUUGAGGUGCUAUCCUGGGACUUUGGAGAUGCAAAUGCUAAAGGAGACAGUUAUCUAUCAACUGUUAACAAAGUUACUAUCAAGGCUAAAGUGAAGAAUCAAGAAAAGGAUGUGAAGAUUGUUGUUAAAUCAUUGCCAAACAACAUGGGAAGAAGAAAAACCUACAGGAGUGCUGACUUUUUCCAUAACGAAAUUAUGUUCUAUACUGAGAUUGCUGCCACAUAUGAGAAAUAUUUGAAGUCUAAAAAUCAGUCUUCGUUGCUGAUUCUACCUACUUGCUUAGCUUUCCACUUGGAUGGAGAGAAUGACUACAUUGCACUCGAAGACGUUAGUCCCCUUGGUUUUGGUCAAGCAGCUCGCCAAAGCUGCCUUACAUUAGAGCAAUCCAGUUAUAUGUUAGAAGCAAUUGCUCGAUUCCAUGGAGUAUCAUUUGCUUAUAAAGAUCAACACAAAGAAAACUUUGAGAAGAUAACUUCCAAGAUUUUUGAAACUUACUUUACAGAUGAAUUGUACAAAAAUUGGUACAAACGUUUUCAUGCAAGGUUACUUGAAAUUGCUAAAGAUGCAUUGGCUAAAGAAUAUCCUAACAGUAAGGGAGAAAAACAGUUCAACUCCUACCCCCCUGGUGUAUUGUACAAAAAAAGUGCUGAAUUUUGUUCACAGUGGAAGGCUACCACAUCAGUUGUUAACCAGGGAGAUUCAUGGGCUCCUAAUUUCUUGAUACGAACAAAUCCAACUGGCAAACCAGAAGUAUUGCUGCUUGAUUUUCAACUAGCAAGAUGUGUGAGCCCAGUAUUAGAUUUGUCUUUCUUUAUAUACUCUUGUACUGAUCAAACAUUGCGAGAAAAACAUUUUGAUGAUUUACUUAAAAUCUACCAUAAUGAACUGUCAAAAACUAUCAAGGUCCUUGGAUCUAAUCCAGAAAAAAUAUACUCUUGGGAACAGUUCUCAAAAGAGGUAAAAGAGCAGUUUGUUCAUGGAGUAACAUUUGGUUUAGAAUCAGUUACGUUUGGUAUGCUGCCAGCGGACGAAACAUUCGAUUUAGAUGUUAUAAAAGAAGAUAAAGUAGAUAUUGCAGAUGUUUGGACUGUGCAAAAUAUAAAGACUUCCGAAGAUAGACGUCGAUUAGCAGGCAUAAUCUUACAUGCAGCAGACAGAGGAUUUUUGUAAAACUUUAUCUAUAUAUUUUUGUAAGGAACAAUUGUACCCCAAUAUUAUUAUACAUAUUCAGUAUUCUACAUAUAUUUUAAUAAACAGUAUAUCUUUGUUUGAAAAAAAA